CAAAUUUUUUCUUUUUACUUUCUUACUCAGAUUUCACCUUUAGGAUGGUAGCGCUAGGGCAGCUCCUCAACCUGUUAGUUCAGCUAGCAUAUUCACAAAGAACAUUUUCCAACAAAGAAGACUACUUCAAUUGCAACUCUUAACACUAAAGCACCCUGAAAUGUGUUUUCCUGUGACGCUGCAUUCUACUGUUCCACAUACAUUAUCAAGAUGAGGUCUGCGACACAUCAGAACUCCAAAUGCUUCCCACCUAAGACCAAGAAUGGAAUAAGCAAUCCAUCACAUGCUAUGACAUGUUCCCCAAAACACACACACACUCAUAACCUUAAAGUGGUGUUAGAAUGUUUAUUGAAGAGGGCAAUCUAACUGGCUGAGCCGACCUGGGUAGCCGGUAACUUUUAACAUAAACAAACAGAGAUACUGUAAACUUGCUGUGUAUGGAAACUGUGUUUAUACUUAAAUUGGACUUGGGAGAAUGAAAUAAUUUAAUAGAAAAAAUAUAGCUUAAGUUCCCAGGAGCGCUGAAUGACCUCAAGACCAUUCUGAACAAAGCAGAAAUAUUAAGGCAUACCCAAAGACACAAAAAUAGUUACACAAAUACUUCCAAAGUCAGCUAAUAAACACAUUUAGUUGCGUGUUUGUUACGAUAGCUUUACAAACACCACUUUUCAAAUAAACCACUUUUCAGUCUCACAAAACAUUUUUUUAUUUUUUCACUUGCAUUAGCAGAACUAAUAGUAAAUGUUCUGAAACACGAGCACUGCGUCAUUUACUUCGUAGCAAGUUUCAUAAUUGCUGGAUCUGUCCUUUUUAGCCAUACUGCUAAGACUCUUACUAGCACAUGAUAAUAAAUUUUCUUAGUGAUGCAGUGGAAGUCUAGAAGAGAAAAAAGAAACUGAUGACAGAAACUUCAGAUUAUUCUCAGUGCAGUCAAUAUAUAUUGGCAAAAUAAUUGGAUUUAUAUAGCAACUGAAAUAGCUGUACACUGAAACAUCUGCAUGGAAACUGAACACAAAUCAGAGAGAUAAUGACCAUGACAAAUUGUGAGCCCUGUUGCUCAUGAAUCUAAAAAAUCUUUACUAGGAAUACUAAAACACCAGAGCUAAUCUAACCUAAUGUUGCAUGAUGAUGAUCAAACUCCCAUGAAAUUCAGGAAAUCACAUCUAACAGUGAUUUAUUUAAAAAAAUGCAGUAAAAGGGGAGAGGGUAAUUAUUUUGUAACUUCCUGGCUGAAAACAGCCAGAUGAGUGGAAUGAGGCUGCAUUUACUCUUCUGCCAUGGGCUAGAUGCAUGGUCACAACUGGAACCUGGCCCUGAAAGUUUGAGAAGCACCAAAUAACGUGUUGCAGGUUACCAGUGAAUUUCAUUGAAUCAAGAAUGGUUUGGGUUGGAACGGACCUUGAAGAUCAUUCAGUUCAAACUCCCCUGCCAUGGGCAGGGACAUCUCCCACUGGAUCAGGUUGCUCAAAGCUUCAUCCAACCUGGCCUUGAACACCUCCAGAGAUGGGGCAGACACGACUUCUCUGGCCAACCUGUAACAGUGCCUUACCACCCUCACAGUCAAAAAUUUCUUCAUAAGAUCUAAUCUAAAUCUCCCCUCUUUCAGCUUAAAACCGUUGCCCCUCAUCCUGCACCUGCACUCUCUGAUAAAAAGCCCCUCCAUAGCUUUCAUGUAGGCCCCCUGCACUUUCCAUACAACUCCCAUUUUGACAUGAACACAACACACAGGCACACAUAAGACAUUUUUCUUUCAACAGCAAGGUCCUCAUUCUGCCAUACCUGAUGUACAGUCAGGAUUGGCACAACCUGUGGUAGAACUCAUGAUAUAGGUUACAUCAAGCCCUCCAAGGAGAAGCCUGGUUUCUGUUUAGUGCAAGAGUACCCCAUCAAUUUUGCUGUAACAAGGCAAGAACUUACCAUUGGAGAACACUGACCGACCUUUGGAGAAAAAGAUCACAAAGAAGUAUUGAGGCAAUGAGGUCACCAUUUGCUGCUGUCACGUCCCUGCUUUGGGAGUGAACAACAGUAUUUCAUAGAGUCAUAGAAUGGUUUGGGUUGGAAGUGACCGUGAAAGACCUCUGGUCCAACCCCCUACAGUGAGCAGAGAUAUCUUCAACUGAAUCAGGUUGCUCAGAGCCCCAUCCAACCUGACCUUGAAUGUUUCCAGGAACGGGGCACCUACCACCUCUCUGGGCAACCUGUGCCAGUGUUUCACCACCCUCAGCGUUAAAAUAUUUCUUCCUAAUAUCUAACCUAAAUCUCCCCUCUUUUAGUUUAAAACCAUUACCCCUUGUCCUAUUACUACAGGUCCUGCUAAAAAGCUUUUCCCCAUCUUUCUUAUAAGCCCCCUUUAAAUACUUAAAAGCCACAAUAAGGUCUCCUUGAUGUCUUCUCCAAGCUGAACAAGCUCAACUUUCUCAUCCUCUCUCCAUAUGGGAGGUGUUCCAGCCCACUGAUCAUUUUUGUGACCCUCCUCUGGACUCUCUCUGACACGUUCAUGUCUUUCCUGUGCUGAAGGCUCCAGAGCUGGACCACAUGGGCUCUCAUAAGAGCAGAGUCGAGAGGCUGAAUCACCUCCCUUGACCUGCUGGCCACCCUUCUUUCAAUGCAGCCCAGGAUACUGUUGGCCUUCCGGGCUGCAAGCGCACACAGCCAGCUCACGUCCACCUUCUCAUAUGGUGAGAAGGUCCUCCGUCUUCACAGUCCUCCGUGUCCUUCUCCACAAAUUUUCUCUUGGCUCCUCUCAGAGGGAAGAGGACAGGAGACCCCAUCCUGCCAUAGCUCCGCAGGCCGGCCUGCAAGGGAGGGAGCUGCCAGUUGCGCUGAGCUGGGAGCCACCACGGGCAGCAGGUCCUGCCCGCUUGGGUAGGCCUGGCUCAGCCCUGCCCGGCUCCAGCCUGGCUCGGCCCAGCCCGCUUGGCUGUGCUCUGCUCUGCCUGGCACGGCUCAGCCCUGCCCACUUGGCACUGCUCUGUCCGCACGGUUCGGCCCUGCCAGGUUCUGCCCACCCAGACCUACCAGCUCAGCUGGAUCCAUCCCAGCUCAGCUCUGCCCGGCUCAGCUGGGCCCAGCCGGGUCCUGCCCGCUCUGCCCUGGCUCAGCCCUGUCUGCUCAGCUGGGUCCUUCCCAGCUCAGCUCCGCCCGGCCCUGCCCAGCUUGGCUCAGUCCUACGAGGCUCUGCCCAGACGGCUCCUUCCCAACUCAGCUCAGCCCUGCCCAGCUGGGUCCUUUCUGGCUCAGCCCUGCCAGGCCCCGCUUGGCCCUGCCCGGCUCGGCUCUGCCCAGCUCGGCUCUGCCCAGCUCAGCCCAGGCUCUGCCAAGCCGUCCCUGCCCGCUCUCCCCUGGCUCGCCUCGGCCCUGCCCGCUCUGCCGUGCCCACUCGGCCCUUCCCCGCUCAGCCCUGCCCAGCCGGGUCCUUCCCGGCCCAGCCCCGUCCCUGCCCGGCCGCGGCUGCGCGGGCCUCUCCCCUUCCUCCUCCUCCUCCUCCUGCUGGCGGCCGCUGCCCGGCAGGAUGGAGGCCAUCGAGUUGCUGGCGCUCCAGCCCUGCGCCUCCUCCCUCUACCUGCGCCCGUUCCGCCUCUGCUACCGGCAGGAGCCCUGAGAACUGGUACCUCCAGCAGUGGCAGGAAUGCAAGGCGUGAGAGAGAAGUUGCUUCUCACAGUGUAAAGUGAUGCGCGAACGUUGCCUGCAAGUGAGGUCAUGCACAAAACCGGCUGGCAAUGCAGCAUUGGCUGGUCCAGGGUGAGCUUUUACCCCAGCAGAGGAGUGUAAGUGGAAACACAGAAGAGUUUGGACAGCCCUAGGAAUGCCUGCUGCAGACUACGUCUUCUGCAAUGCGAUCCAGUGGGAGGUGUCCCUGCCCAUGGCAGAAGGUUGGAACUGGAUGAUCUUUACGGACCCUUCCAACCCAAACUAUGCUAUCAUCCUUUCCUUUGCUUCUAAACACAACAGCUGAAAAGGCAAAAGAGGGAAUGUAUAUGGAGGAGGUGUUUUGAAGUCAAACAGUGAGAUAAGAUACAGGAGAGGAAAAGCAAAGGUUCAAAUAGCUUUCAUUGAAGAUGAACUGAUUUUUUUACCUUUUAUAAUAGAUUUUGUGCAUGAUUUUCCUAAAGAGAGCUUUCUUCUUUCAGAAGGAAACCUGAAGAACAUUCUUCCAUGUUCUAAUUUUUGCUGGCUUAGGUUAUAAGUGACAAGUCUUCCAUCUUAAUUUCAUUUUCAUUUCUGAGUCAUGCCGUAUUUACAUGAAAACUGGGAUUUAAUUAAAAAUGUACAAAACAGUAUUACAAAAUUACAUUUAAUUGAGUACAAGUGCCUUAAAUGUGAUGAGUAUAGUAAGAAACAAGGAUGUGUUUGGUCACGUGCUGUGAUUUGAGAAAACCGGCAUUGCCGCCAAAAGAAGUAGCCUUGCCCAUUUUGCACGUCUUGCUACUUCCUCUCCUUGCACAAGUGUUGGUGCAGCAAAAUAGUGAGCUGGAUCAGGGAUCUGGUCCAGGUCAAACCUAAUCUGGCUGAAAACAGAAGUUAGGCUUAGAUUUGAUUCAAAUCCUUCUGCUGGCAGAGGGGAGGUGAUAAUGUGGUGGUUAGGGAUGAGCGUUUGGGGGCUGUUUGAGGGCAGAAAUUGUUUCUCUUGGCUGCAGCACUGCCUUAAAAUGAACGUGAUAAUGUAGUUUAUAUAGCAUCUGCACAGAAGCUGGCUUGGGUCCACCCUGCUGAGAGCACAAGCUCAGCGAGCGCACAACUGCCUAUACCUGACCUGAGAGACAAGCCCUACCUUUAUUAAAAGCGUCUUUUGCAUUUAGAAACUGACUUACUAACCAGAGAAAAUGGUAAAUAUUUUUGGUCAUUUGACUAAUUGCUUCAAAGUCAAUUAGGCCUGCUGAAAACUCCAUUAAAUUCCUGAAGAGCCAAAUAUCUUAGAUUUAAGGGAGUUAGGUGCCUGAUGUGCCUAAUAAUUUUUGAAAAUUCCACCACUUAUCUAAAACAAAAAAUUAUUUCUGAAAUCUAGCCCUCAAUCUUAAUGGUUUUAUGCUGGGUAGAUCGUCCUCUUGUCCAACUUAUUUUUCACUAGCUAGGAAAAGAAGAGAAAAUUUUAAUCUUCAGCUUUACCUUAGAGUAAAAUUAGUUUCCCCCCUCUAUGAAUUCCCCACACCUGCUUGCUGAAUUUAUCCCAUAUCUAAUUAAAAAAAAAAAAGUCUUUUUGAAUAACAGAAUAAUUUAAAUGAGGAAAAAUUCAGUGAUGGUGUUUGUUGCACUAUGAAAACUGAAACUAGUUUUGAUAUUUAUGCGAUGUGUGGCAUCGUGCUCUAACAGGAGGGUUUGAGGUGACUUUUUGUGGAGGUCCUUUUUGUGAAGCUAUAACAUGUCCCCUCUAUUUCAUUGUAACCUGAAAAGGAUUAAUUGGUGCAUAUUUUUGUAUUAUAUAAUAUUGAUGAAGGAUAAGUUAGACUUUGAAGACUGAGAUUUUGAAAUCUGUUUUUAAACAGAUGCAUUCCUGAAAUAGGCAUUGAUAUUUCAAUAAAACUUCUCUGUCUGAGGAUGUGUACAGAAUGAGAGUAUUUUUAUUUUAUUAGUUUGCUUUUUUUACAACUACGGGUUUCCUGUACAAACAGGAGAUUGCAAUAAUUUUUGCAUACAUGUAAUUUUAAGAUUAUAUCUAAGCAUUCAUGAACACUUAUGUUGCAGCAUUGAUUUGUAAACAUUUCAUCAGGAACGUGUAUGUUACAGCAUUGAGACAUUUCCUGUAAAAAUUACACUACUUGUGUGGAGGUAAUUUUGAUCCCAUCACUAUUGCUAAACCAGUUAAGUUUUCAGCAGUUACAUAUAAAUUUAGAUACAGGUGAUUUAUCUCCUAGUUUACUUUGCAGGUCUGAUUUUAUCCAUUCAACCCGCAUCUCACUGAGUUGUAAUCCACAGUUGCUCUAGCAGGUUUGCAGACCAUCCGCAAGAUAUCCGAAAAGGAUCCUGAAGGAGAGUGAAAUCUAAGCAAAUACUGUGGUAAGCCCACACAGGUUAUGCAUCUGAAGAAGGUGGUGGUCACAGCUGAUCCAGAGUGGAGCCAGAGGCUCGGAUGGUUGUCUGCCUGUUUCUCAGAAGCACUUGAGAUGUUGAAUACUGUAGGCCCAAAGACAGGAUUAGUGUUUCGGCCAGCUGAGUAUUCUCGUCGGCUAUCUGGAUGUUCAGACAAGGAGCUGUGGGGACACACAGGGACAGAGUUGUAUAUGCUUAAAAUCUAGUCAGGCGGUUACUUUCAAUUGAGUCAAAACUUUUGCAGUGUCUUUACAGGUUUGUGCUUGAGUUCCCCUUGUUCAAAGAGCUUGAGCUGUCCUUUGGAUGCGACCAGUUACAUUUGGUUACAUAUUAAUACUCUUCCAAAAGAUCAUGAGAAAAAAAUGUAGCCUUCUGGCUAUUUAUGUACUGAGGAUUGUCAUAAUUCUUAAGGAGUUCCUGAAGUUGCAGCAAUUUAUGCACUUCUAAUAGAGAGGAUUGUGAGAUCUUUUCUUAUGAGGUCUUUCAUCUUUCUCUUCCUCUACCCACCCUUAUUGUUUUAAAUAGAAGUAAUGAGUGCUGUUUGCUUGUAAAGCAUGAAAGUGUACACACUUCUGAAAGAAUUCUAGGUUUUGAACCGCAUCGAUGGAGGCAACAUGCUGUUUGGUUUGAGGCAUUCAAGUUAUAAGGAGUAGCCUGGUUCUGUAAACAAAUCACUGCACCGACCACUUUUUUAAAGGAUUUGUCCUGUUCUUGUGUAGUGCAAAGGUAGAAAUAAAAGUGCAGUAAAGGAUUCAUGGAAUUCAGCAAACUGUAGGCAGAUUUGGUUAGAAGCAAUGUGGAGGAGUAGGGUGCAAUUUAAAACUAUGUUCGUCAAAAUAGAGAUAGCUCCUCACUUUAUGCCUGGGAUUUUCAGCUGUCAACCCCUUCUUCCAGGUGGGCCCCUCAGUCAAAUAAGCCAUGUUAUUUUAAGUGGAGUGGGCUAAGGGUGAGAGGUGGACAAGGUACCUCACAUAGCCUGAUGAAUAACAUUUUCAUGUUGUCAGUAGAAAUGUCAUUUACAUAUUUUUGUUUGUCUCGAUACUGACAGAAGAGAAUUAAUUUAUCUCACAUAUAGGAUAGCAUCUAGCUAGUUUUAAUGUGUAUUUGCCCUCAAAAUACAAAUUCAUUUGUUGUCAAAAGUGGCUUUUUUGAAAAAAACAAAACAUAUAUCACCUUAUGAAGAAUUGGCUUCUUUACCAGAACUCCAUGGUAAAUCUCUUUUCACUUUUUCCUAUUGACAUUUUUCUGCUUUUCAUAAAUAAUGUAUUCAAGAGACCAGAGGGAUGGCUAAUGAGAGAUUAACUCAAUGCCCAAGGGCUAGGGCAUUUCCCUGGGAUGUGGUAGAGUCAGGCUGCAAGGUCUUGCUUCAAUUAAUAUUGUUUCCCACAUCACAGGAGAGUUUGCUCACUGCUGGGAAACACAUUUGUGUGCAAAUCUUCAGCUUCUUUUGUGCAUGUUAGCCAGGCACUGGCCUAUAUAUUAGACAAACAAAAAAAGCCCCCCAAGUUUAAUGAUUCUGGCGAUACUAAGGCGUGAAGUAGACUCUGAGUAUUAACAGUAGAGCAGAGUUGUUAGGAUUUUGGGUAGCAUUAAGUAUUCAAAUAGGAAUCCAGACUGAACAUAGUCUUCUUAAUCAGCACCUGAACAGGGAUUUCAGUUGUUCUGUGUGGUGGAUUUGGAUGCUGACACAGGACUUUGACAGACAGACCUCUGGUAAAUCUUGCUUUAGUAAUGUAAGACUUUAAUGUAUGCAAUUGUUUGUUCCAGUCCUAGCGGUUAUUACCCUCUUGAGAAUCAACAGAAGGGAAAUAGUUUUGCUCCAGCUCUUACUCUGCUCUACCAGUUCAAAUCCACCUCCAUCAGCCCUUUAAGCUAAAGUACUAAGCUUUGCGUGGGGCUGAGGGAAGUGCCUUUGCAUGUUCUUUUGGUCACCUUAGUGCUGGGGACAGUAUCCUUCCAGAGGAGGCAGAACAUCAGCGGAGGGUAAGCAUCUGGCUGGCAGAAUAACAUCUUGACCUGUUACAGAAACUUUUGCCCAGGGCUCACAUAUCAAAGCCUUUGUGGAUCUAGCCCAGACUCCUAUAGCUUUGUUUUUGAAGGUUAUGCUGGCAAGGGCACUCUUGCCACUGUUUCCGUGCAUUGCAUAAACAUACAUGUGCAUUCUGCCCGGGAACUUCUAGAAGUUUGCUAGACUAACAUCAGCUAUCCGUAAUUUUCCCAGUAUGUGUUUAAGUGAGUUUGUAUUUCGAAACUGUGGAAUGGUGAUUAGGCAUCUGGUCCAGUGAUAUAGGAUAAACCUUAAAAACACCAUGCGUAUGAACUGAACCGUACAGUCAGCAGUGGUAAAUUGGAACGAUUUGCUUUUUUGUGAGCUCCAUGUUCCUUCCUCACAUCAGAGUAGUCUAGUGCCUGAGCAUCACAUUUCCUCUAUUGCUUUAGUGUUUAGAAUUAUUCAUUUUGAAGUUAAACACAAGAACUGGUCCCUUAAAUUUCUUUUUAAUGCAUGGUGUUUUCAUUCCACGUGAAGGGAAUUCAGUUAUAAAGAGUUCUACUGUCGUUAUAGAGUAAUUUUCAAGACGACUGUAGAUUUUAACACAUCAUGAACUUUAUAAUGGGUAGAAAAUGUACUUCAGAAGUAGUGUGCAAUUCAUUGGUGAAGAAGGAAUUUCUUUUUUCUAGUCUUAGAUUUGCUGCUGCUUUCUUUUAUGACCAUUAGCAACCACUCUGUU